CCCGGCCCCCCCGGCCCUCGACCCCCGCCCGGCCCCGGGGGGCGCCGCCCCCAUGGACAGGAACUACCCGGCCGCCGGGUUCGGGGACCCGCUGAGCGCCGGGCCCGGCUGGAGCUACGAGCGCUCGGCCAAGGCCAGCCUGGUGUACGGGGGCUCGCGGGGGUCGCACCCCGACCCCGACCUGCUGCACCGGCAGCCCUACGGAGCGCCCCACCCGCUGCAGGGCUAUGCGGCCAACCACCACCCGCCAGGGCUGUCGGGGCUCUUCGAGACGGGGCUGCACCACGCGGGGGGCGCGGCCCCCGACGCCUCCGUCAUGAACCUGAUCUCGGCGCUGGAGUCGCGGGGACCCCAGCCCGGACCCUCGGCCUCGUCCCUCCUGUCCCAGUUCCGCACGCCCUCCUGGCAGACUGCCAUGCACACUCCAGCUCCGGCCGAGCUCUUCAUCUCGGGAGCCCUUCCCGGCUCGGGCACCUUCCCGUCCUCGUCGGCGCUCGGCCCCUACCAGCACCCGGCGUCCUUCGGCGGCCGCAGCUUCCCGGUGGGAUCCCCGCUGAGCCUCCCCGAGGCCGCCUUCAGCCCCGGCUCCAACGGGCUGCUGUCCCCCCACGACCCGCUGCUGCACAUCAAACCCACGCAGCCCGCCGUGCCCUCCUCGCUGGGCUUCGACCGCCUGGGCUCGGCCGUGCUGGGCUCGGCGCUGCCCGCCCAGACCCCUCCGUACCGGCCCGCUCCCGCUUCGUCCCAGUUCAACCUGCUGGCCGCCGCCGAGCAGCCCCCUCAGCUCUACAACGCGCCCGUUUUCGGCGGCGCCAACGCGGCGGGCGGCGGCGACCGCGCCAUAUCGCGGCAGGACAGCGUCAUCAAGCACUACCAGCGGCCCGGCGCGGCGCAGCCGCAGCUGCCGCCGGCGCCGGGCUUGCAGCACUACCUGAGCUGCGGCGGCUCCUACCAGCAGGUGCCCGCUCACCGCGCCCCGCUGUCCUGCAGCCCGCUGGGCGAGCAGUCGCCCGCCAGCUCCGAGGGCUCGCAGCAGCCCCCCAAGGCCGCGCCCGCGGCGCCGCGCCCCGAGCCGGGCUACCGGCCCAUCAUCCAGUCGCCGGGCUACUCCGGCGGCGCCGGCGGCGCGGCGGGCAACGGCGGCGCGGGUGGCGGCAACGGCGGCAAGUCCAAGAGCUACUCGGCAUCGCGGCAGCCGCCGCGCUCCACCAACACGCCCAAGUGCCAGAGCAGCUACACGCCCAGCACGCCCAAGCCCAGCUCCGUCAUCGCUAGCCAGUCGCCGGCCUACUCGCCGGGCCAGCCCCCCCAGAGCCUGCUGGCCAUGGGGGGAGCCCCCGGCUACAACGCGCCCGGGGCGCCCCAAAGCCUGGCGGGGGCGGCGCAGCCCGCGGGGGGGUUCAGCGGAGGGCAGGGGGGGGACAUGGGCGGCAAAGCCGGCGGCUACCAGGGCGGGGGGCAAGCCGGCGGGCAGGGGGGGCUCCAGCCCUGCGUCAGCGGCGCGGGCACCUACUCGCCCGAGCAGCUGCAGGCGUUGCCCUACGGCGUCCAGCCCGAGGGGGGGCAAGCGGGGGGCUACGGGCCGCCGGCCCCCUCGCAGGGCUUGCCCACCGCCAGCCCCUCGCUGACCUACAGCACCGGCCACUCGCCCGCCAUGCCCGGGCCGCCGCUGCCCUACGCCGGCCUGGGCGGGUCCAGCCCGUCGCCCAUCAUCCGCCCGCUGCAGUCGCCGCCGGCCGCCCGGCCGCAGAGCGGCGCGUCGCCGGGCCAGUCGCAGAAGUACCUGGGCUCGGUGCUCUCCCCGUCCUUCAUGGCCCCGCAGGGCUACGGGGCCGCUCCGGGCGGGGGGCUGGAGCGGCAGCCGCCCCCCGCCCCGCCGGGGGCACCCCCGAAUUUCGGCAAGGGGGCCAAAGGCGAGGCGGAGCUGCUGGCGGCGGAGCGCAGCGAGGACGAGGAUUUCCUGAUCCAGCACCUGCUGCAGGCGCCCAGCCCGCCCCGAGAGGGGCUGGGGGGCUGCGAGGAGCGCCCCAAAACUCUGGGGGGCUACGGGGGGGCGCUGGGCAAGGAGGAGCGCUACCAGCUGCAGAGCGUCAUCCGGCCCAACUCCAACCUGGAGGCGCCGCUGGAGCUGGCGCUGCUCAAGGAGAAGAAGAAGCCGGAGAGAGGCAAAGAAUUCCGGGGGGCCAGCGGAGGAGGAGGGGGCGGCGAGGUGGCGGCCACCUCGGUGGUCCACUACGGCCACCAGCCGCCGCCCACGCUGGACACGUACGAGCUGAAGAAGCCGCCCGAGCACCUGUCCGGCGGCAAGGAGCUGGGCCAGCCGCCGCCGCCGCACUCGUACCUGCCCAAAACGCCCGAGCACGGGCGGCUGGUGGGCGAGGGGCCCCCGCUGGAGCCCCACAACCUCCUGCUGGACCCCUCCCCGGAGCUGGGGGGGUCGCUGCUGCCCUCGGUGCUCACCCACACCCAGAGCCAGCUGCACGCCCGGCCCAAGGCGAGGCCCCCGGGACGUUCACCUGCUGGAGCAGCAGCGGAUGCCGCCCCCCGCCGCCGCCCCCUCCGCCGCCCCCCGCCGCCCCCUCGGCCGCCCCGGCCCCUCCGGCCGCCCCCUCCCCACAGCUGCUGCUGGAAGCUCACCUGCACCAGGUGCGCUCGCAAGGGCUGGACCCCCAGGCCCCGCCGCCGCUGCCCCCCGACUCCAUGGAGGUGCUGCCCCCCUCCCCAGGAAAUCCAGGACUUCUUGGAGCCCCCCUUGGGCUUGGAACCGCACCUGGGGCAGAGCGCGGGGGUGCAGGGACCACCCGGGCACCUGCUGGACCCCGAGGGGGGGGUCCCGCCCGUGCCCCCCGAAGCCAAGGACCAGUUUUCGGAAGGGGGGAGCCCCGCGGGGGGCAAGGGGCGUUUCGUGCCCCUCACCUCCAUCUGCUUCCCGGACGCUCUGCUGCAGGACGAGGACCGCGGCUUCUUCCCCGGCAUGGAGGACAUGUUCGGCCCCCCCGCCGAGGAUUUCCCCAAGCCCAGCGAGGAGGAGGAGGAGGAAGGCAGCGCCAACGCCGCCGGGCUGGAGGCGCGGCCCGAGGGGAUGAAAGCGCCUCCUCCCUACGACAUGGGGCAGAGCUACCCCUCGUUCUGCCCGCAGGACGGGGGGGCCGCUGGGGACCCCCCCCAGCUGGGGCUGGAGCCCCCCAAGCACGAGUUGCCCUCCACGGUGAACGCGGAACCGCUGGGCUUAAUCCAGAGCACCGGCGACGGGGGUCCCAAACCCCCUCCUCCGCCUCUCAGCACCCCUUUAUUCUGCUCCUCCAAACCCAAAAAGCUGCUGAAAACUUCCUCCUUCCACCUGCUGCGCAAGCGGGACCCCUUCCCACCCCCCAAAAAAACCUACGCGCAGGAGUACGAGUUCGAGGACGACGAGGAUAAGGCCGACGUGCCCGCCGACAUCCGCCUGAACUCGCGGCGCCUCCCGGACCUGCUGCCCGACCUCAUCUCCAGCUGCCGCCGGCCGCCCCUCACCCCCAUGGGCGACAUCGACUUCUGCCCGCACCCCGGCGCGCACCCCGCUCCCAAGAAGCGCGGCCGCAAGCCCACCAAGCCCAAGCGGGAAGGGCCCCCCCGGCCCCGGGGCAGGCCCAGGAUCCGGCCCCUGGAGCCGCCCGGCUUCCCCGAGGGCGCCAAGAGGCCGCGGGGCCGGGGCAGGGGCCGGGGCAAGAAGGGCGCCGAGGACGGAGAGGGGAUGGAGCCGCUGCGGCCGCUCAAGAUCAAGCUGGCCGUGUCCAAGCCGGAGCCCUCUCCCGUGCCCGUUGCCGGCGCCGUUGCCGGCGCGCCGGCGCCGUUCCCGGAGGCGCCGGCCGAGCCGUCGCCGUCGCAGAGCCGCGCCAAGCAGCGGCUGCGUGAGGCCGAGGAGAAGCAGCCCGAGGUCAAGUCGGGCUUCAUGGCCUCCUUCCUGGACUUCCUCAAGUCGGGCAAGCGGCAGCCGCCGCCCGGCAGCCCCUGCAAGCCCCCCAAGGCGGGCGCGGCGCAGGGCUUCGGGCCCGGCGUGCUGGGCGGGCCCCUGGAGGGCGGCGAGGGCGAGGGGCUGGUCAUGGCGUGUCCUUCGCCCUGCAAGCGCCUGGACGAGGAGCUCAAGAGGAACCUGGAGACGCUGCCCUCGUUCUCCAGCGACGAGGAGGACUCGGUCAGCAAGAACCAGGACCUGCAGAAGAGCAUCAGCUCGGCCAUCUCGGCGCUGGACGAGCCCCCCGAGCGCAGGGAGCCCCCCGAGGCGCACGAGCUGCCAGGACCCAUGGAGAGCUUCCAGGGGUUCCUAGGGAGCUGCCAGGACCUGCAGAAGAGCAUCAGCUCGGCCAUCUCGGCGCUGGACGAGCCCCCCGAGCGCAGGGAGCCCCCCGAGGCGCACGAGCUGCCAGGACCCAUAGAGAGCUUCCAGGGGUUCCUAGGGAGCUGCCAGGACCUGCAGAAGAGCAUCAGCUCGGCCAUCUCGGCGCUGGACGAGCCCCCCGAGCGCAGGGAGCCCCCCGAGGCGCACGGGACCUUCCAGGAGGUCAUGGUGACCUUCCAGGACCUUCCACUGAUUCAUAGGGACCUUCCAGGGGUUCAUAGGGACCUGCCAGGACCUGCCAGGGGUUCAUGCCGCCCCCCCCGCCGGAGGAUCCCCCCCCGCCCCCUCCCCCCCGCCCCCCCGGAGCCCCCCCAGCCCUCCCCUCCCCCCCCCGCGGCCCCCCCGCUGUCUCCGCCGGGCGGGGGCGGGGCCGGGGCGGGGCCGGGGGGCGGGGCCGGGCCCGGGGGGGUCCCGAGCCCCCCGGGGGGGUCCCCGGAGGCGCCGGAGCCGCCGGAGCGGCCGCUGCACCUGGCCCAGAAACAGGGCACGGCCGCCGUGUGCGGGGACACGAGCGACGAGGAGGAGAGCGGCGGAGAGGGCAUCUUCAGGGAGAGGGACGAGUUCGUGGUGCGCGUGGAGGACAUCCCCGCGCUCAAGCUGGCGCUGCAGACGGGCCGGGAGCCGCCGCCCAUCUGGAGGGUGCAGAAGGCGCUGCUGCAGAAAUUCACCCCCGAAAUCAAGGACGGGCAGCGCCAGUUCUGCGCCACCAGCAACUACCUGGGCUAUUUUGGGGAUGCCAAGCACAGGUACCAGCGGCUCUACGUGAAGUUCCUGGAGAACGUCAACAAGAAGGAUUACGUGAGGGUGUGCUCCAGGAAACCCUGGCACCGCCCGCUGGCCCUCAGGAGACAAACCCACCCCAAACCCAGCGCCCCCAAACCCCCUCCCCCCCCCCAAACCCGAACCUCCCGAGAAGCCCCAAAAAGCCGAAAAAAACCCCAAAAGCCGAGAAGCCCCAAAAGGCCGAGAAACCCCCCAAGAACGAGCCCGCCCCUCCCCCCCCCCGCGCCGGCCGCGGGGCCCCCCCGGGCCCCCCCCGGCCCCCCCAAAUCCAAACCCAAACCCCCCAAAGUGAAGGCGGAGCCGCCCCCCAAAAAAAGGAAAAAAUGGCUCAAGGAGGCGGCGACGACGUCGGAGUCGGAGUCGAGCCCCGACCCCCAGAGCGAGGAGGAGCGGGCCCCGCCGGGGCGGGUGCUGAACACGCGGGCCAUGAAGGAAAUGUACCGGAGCUACGUGGAGAUGUUGGUCAGCACCGCCCUGGACCCCGACAUGAUCCAGGCCUUGGAGGACACCAACGAUGAGCUGUACCUGCCCCCCAUGCGCAAGAUCGACGGCAUCCUCAACGACCACAAGAAGAAGGUGCUGAAGAGGGUGACGCUGAACCCCAGCCUGCAGGAGGCCCUGCACACCUUCCCGCAGCUGCACGCCGAGCCCGGCGAGUCCCUGGUGCGGCUGCGCCCGGGGGGGGACCCCUACAACCGCAAAACCCUCAGCAAGGUCAAGAGGAGCGUGGGCAAGCCCCAGGAGUUCAAGGUGGAGGUGGAGAAGUCGUUCCUGUACACCUUGUACCACUCCCUGCACCACUACAAGUACCACACCUUCCUGCGCUGCAAGGACGAGACGACGGCCAUCGAGGGCCGCGCCGAGGACCUGGGGCAGGAGGAGGUGGUGCAGCGCUGCAUGCGCAACCAGCCCUGGCUCGAGCGCCUCUUCGACUCCUUCAGCGACCUCCUGGCCCAGGCGCGCGCCAAGUGCGCCUGACCCCCCCAAAAACACACGGGGACCCCCCCCGGAAACGGGGCGACGCCCCCGAGAACGGGGACCCCCGCCCGGAAACGGGGUGACGCCCCCGAGAAUGGGGACCCCCGCCCGGAAAUGGGGUGACGUCCCCGGGACGAGGACCGGACCUCCCGCCACGGGGACGGAGCUGCCGGGAUGGGGACACCAGUGUUGGGGGGGGGGGGAACACCUGGACCCCCCCAGUGGGGCGCCCCCAAACACGGGGACACCCCAAAAAUGGGGAU